AUUCCUUAGUUAUGUAAUAAUAAACUACUCGUCUUCGCCUCCUGGUUCUGCCUCGAAUACAUAACAAUAACUUUUUGUUUCCCGAAAAUAUGAACACACUCCUCACCUUCAUAGUCUUUUUGGCACUAUUUUUGAUGGCUUACUCUAUGCCGAACCCUCCUUCUUUCCCUAUCAAAGAAAUUUGUGCGGCUUACGGUGAAAAGUGUGUGAAUAAGUUUAACCGAAGGGAUUGUCCAGAAAGGACAAUUGAAUGCGAAAGAUAUGCGAAUCAAGGAAUAAGAACAACUUGGUCUUUCUGCAUGUUCUCAAACAACUACGAUCUCUCCGCAUGUCAUGAACGUAUUCAAGUCGACUUCCAAAUUAUUCAAUCAUGGAUCAGCAAAGAUCAAUUCAAAUAUCUUCCAGAAUAAGAAGACACAAUUCUGAUUCAUGACCAUUCAUUGUUAACAAAGAUCAACGGGGUGAACGUGAUGUAAUGUCUUGUGGCAGAUAGAUGUAAUAAAGUGUUCACAACUAGAAAU